AGACAUUGGUUGUGCAAGAGAAGGGUGCUAUACCACAAUGAUCGGAAGGCUGACUGCUUUGAUUCUUCUUAGUACAGUGUCUCUGGUUCAAACUGCAGAGGUUCCUCGCCUGAUCUCUUUGACUGAGGUUGAACUUGGUGACAGUGUUACUUUGAUUUGUCCAGGCUCUGCCACUCAGGGCAAAUUCUUUCAAUGGUAUAAGCAGUCUCUUGGACACAUAGCACAGAAAGUUGCUUCAGGAGUACCUAGUGGAGUAACAGUCGCUGAACAAUUUAAAGACUCACGUUUCACAGUAACAAAUGGGGAUGAUCAGUCUCUUCUCACCAUCAGAAAUGUCAGCAAAGAGGAUGAAGCAACAUACUUUUGUCAUUCUGGAAACAUGUAUUCAUACACCUAUCACAAUGGCACAUUCUUGGCUGUGAACGAUCAUAAAAAUCAGCGGAAACAGAACUAUGUGAAACAAAGUCCGGAGAAAGCAUCUGUUCAGCUGGGAGACUCAGUGACUCUGCAGUGUUCACUUCUCUCCAAGAACAAAGAAAACAGAGUCCAGUGUCCAGGUGAACACAGUGUGCACUGGUUCAGAUCUGGAUCAGGAGGAUUUCAUCCAGGCAUCAUCUACACUCACAGCAGCAAGAGAGAUGAACAAGAGGGAAGAAGCUGCGUCUACAGUUUGUCCAAAACUAUGCAGAAUUCCUCUGAUGCUGGGACUUACUACUGUGCUGUGGUCACAUGUGGAGAGAUCCUGUUUGGUGAAGGAACUAAAGUGGAGACAGGAACUUCUUCAGAUUCAGGAUCAGAGGUGAAGCCAGUUGUUUUUGUGCUUGGGGGACUGUUGGCCUGCUGUCUGACUGUGAUAGUCUUCCUUAUUUGCUGUGUGUAUCAGAGUAAAGCAUGCAAACAUUGCAAAGGAACAAUGAGUGCUUCCCAUCACAGUGGACAUGACAGGUCAACCAUGGAUCGAUCAAAUCAUUUGGAUGGUAAAGCAGAGGAGGUGAACUAUGCCGCACUGAAUUUCUCUGCAAGGAAAGCAAAAAGACUGAAGACGAGAGAGUCUCCACAGGAGUGUCUGUACUCUGCUGUGGUGUACCAGCCCUCUUCAUAGGCAUCGCUGGACCUGUACACCAUGCAACAAAAAUCUCAUUGGUAUUUUCAAGUAUUUUGACUUUGCCUGAACACAGCCUUAAGGCCUGGUCACACCAGGAUUCAAAGGAAUUAGGAAUUGGGGUUAGGGCAUCCAUUCAUCAGUUACCAUUGUCAGCAUGGUAAUCUUUGCACUGUGAUGUUCAUUUUUUUAAAUUUUAUUUUAUGUUCAUUCGUAUUUGCAUUUUUUUUGUAUUUUGUAUUUGCAUGUGUUUUACACAAGCAGCUAUAAUUGUUUAUAGUGAUACUGCCUGAAAACAAAUUUUUCCUGUCAUGCACGAUGCAUGACAGGAAAACUUUAUUCCCUUAUACAGGUGUUGAUGAUACACUAUAUUCAACAUAACUAGUUGAAUCUUUACAGUUUUCACUGACUUAAUUUUUCGCUGGAAUUGACCAAAUGGCUAAUCCAACCCAAAAUCCUUGGCAGCAUCAUAGAUCUUUUCUCCCUCUGCUGCUUUUGCACCACUCUUUCCACCUCUGCCACUUUUCAUCAUGGUAAAGAUGACAGUUGAAUAAACCCAUGCAUCCUCAUCUCUCUGGCAAAAUGAAUGGCAAAUUGUGUGAGACAACUAUUAUGGUAAAUGAUUUUAAAAUAAAAAUGGGACCUAACUCUUUGUUUGAAGGUCAAUCUUACCCUUAAACUCCUUUAAUGCAGAUUUUUCUGUCCACCAGCAGUUGCAGUGCCUGUUAAACAAACAAUGAGAACUGCAUUAUAAAACAGUAGUAAUACAUUUUAGCAAAAAGAAAUCAAAUUUCACUGUUAAUAAUUGGAUUGGAAUGGAAAUUAAUAAUUAGUAAAGGUGUAGUAAAGUAUAAUUUAUCAUGGUGUUAAUAAUUGAUAGAAAUUAUGUGUCGUUUAUCUUAAUGGAUUCUACCUGAUUUUCAAUAGAACACAUGAUUAUGCUAAUUUCAUCACUGUGUAGAAAUGUUCAGCAGUUACCUUCAGUGUCCAGUUUGGUUUCAUUUCCAAAUAACACCUCCGCACCUGAGGCCACAGAACAGAAAUAAGUCCCAGCAUCAGAGAUGAUAUUUUUGGAGCAGCUGUAGACACAUUUCUGUACAGAGUGAGCUCUCUCACAUUCAGCUCUAGUUUCUCCAUGAGCACAAAAUAAACUGGGAUGAGAUUCAUCUGAUCUGGCUUUGACCCAGUGAACACUGUGAUUUUGUGGACAUGUUUUCUUCUGGGGGUCAGAGAGGACUAAACAGUGGAGAGUCACUGAGUCUCCUGGAUGGGCUGCAGUGAUUUCUGGUUCUGGUCCUGGAAAUUUAAAAAAUAAGAAGUCCCAAAGUUCAAACAUUCAUUUUAAAACCUGCGUUUAUAUUGUUUAAAAUGAAACUUUUUUCUUUUUUGUUACUUUUAUAAAAAAUUAAUCUUUGUUUGUUGAGCUUCAAACUUCCAAUAUUAAGUACCAGUAAAGAAAAAGUAUGAAAAUUACAGUAGAAUUUAAAUAAAAAAUUUUAAGUACUCUAAAAAAAAUUGCUUUUUUUCAGUUUUUACCUUUAACUCUGCAACACGAACAGCCUUGGUCUCAAAGAUCUGUUCGCCUGCGCAUCCUGAAAAGACAUCAAACAGAGCAGUGAUUAACAACAGACAUAAAUCUAAUGUAUGCUCUCAGUAUUGUAAGAAAAUCACAAUAUACUUGCAACACAUCUUGAGUAAAAUGGACCUUUCUACACAUACAGUACUUACGCCCCAUUCUGAGCAUCGGUAGCAUGUAAAAUAUGAUCUGCAUUUUUGGUUUUUCCACCUGAGACCUGUGUUGGUGUUUCAAUAUCCUACCACAGCGGAUCUCAUAUCAGCCAUCUCUCCAACCUAAACACAUGAAACAACACCAACAGUGAGUUUUUCUUUCAUGUUUCAUAGUAGGCGUGAACGGUGUCUCUCUAUGAUAAACAUCAACAAUAGCAAAAGCAGUGUUGGUGUGCAUGUGUUGAAGAGCAGGUGCUAUUUUUUGCUGAGUGUCAUGCGGUUUGGCAUGACACAAUAUAUUUUACACGUGUCAUUAUUCCCUCUAUAGAUUAGUUAAUAUUAAUGAUACUAAACCAACAUUAUUUUCCAAUUGGAUUCUGGAAAAGCCAGAACGACACUGAAUUAUACAGUACUGCACAAAAGGUCUGGAAAUUUAGAUGUUUGGAUCCAUUGUGGAGUUCCAUCAGGGAAGUGUCUCAAUCAGUCCCAAAUUCACUCUGCAGCAUGACAAUGAUGCCAAACAUACAGCGAGCCAGAAACUAAACAUUAGGGUUCAUCACUGCAUUUUAAUUACAGCCAAAUGUAAAUAGUGAAGUCUUAGGGUGACCCUGUAACUCUGUGGCUUAAGCAUGGCUCUUACAUGGUUGGGACUGGGAUGGAUUUGAUUUCCAGUGA